AUGCCAACAUGGUUUGAGGGUUAUUUAGAAGCAUGUGGAAAGGAAUGGCGUGAACAUCAAAAGCUCUAUUAUGCCCCAUAUUGUACAAUGUUUCAAAGUUCAGGAAUUGGAAAAAGUCGCAUGCUACACAGAUUUGCAGAAACUGGAGACUUUUAUGUUUUUUAUAUUAAUGUGAACAAUCCUAGAUCUGGUUCUUAUCCUUGCGGACAUCCCAAAUUGCAUAAUUAUUUUACUAUAACACAUUCAACUUAUUCAAACUCCACAUAUGAUGUUGAAAAGAUAUUUCAAAUACGCCUAGUGUAUUUUGUCUAUGUAUUGUUAGAACAUUUAUGUUCCAUACAAGAUAUACAAAAGGUUAGACAAGAGGUGAAACGAGUGAUAGCCAUGCUUUGGGGUGAAGAUGCAUUGAGUGAAGCAAAGCAGUUUGAUAUAGGUCUUUGGACCAAACAAGAAGAAGAGUAUUCAAAAGAUUAUUUUAGCCAAUAUGAGAAGGAAACAUAUGUUGACAUUGAAUGGAAAAUGCAUAAACUUUUGAAUGACAAAUUUGAAUACAUUCAUGAAGCUUUUACAAUGGACACUAUUCGUAAUGUGAGUGUGCUCUUUGCUUUUGAUGAAGCACAGACAAUGAUUAACAUUGAGGGUGAACAUGAAGUUAAUCCAGUCUUUACUGAGCAACAAGAAUCUUGGAAGAAGUUUCCACCAUUCUUUGCAUUUCCUACCUUUGACAUAUAUGCACCCACACUUGAUGAACUUAUACAUAAAAUACAGGAGGUUUCUGCUGAUAAGGUAGUAAAGUUGUUUGAUUUUGCUAAUAUCAUAGUAUAUGGACGUCCAUUAUGGAAGGCAUUAUUUGAUGCAGGUAUUCCAGGAAGGGAAAUAGAAAGGUUUGCACAAGAUAAACUUUUUACAGGAAAUUACCAUGCAUAUUCAUAUCACAAACUUUCAUUUGAAGAGGUUCUAUCACUUGUAGCAUUCAAAAUUUCAAUCAAUCUACAUACAAUUGAUCAACAUACUGCAACAAACAUGGUUGCCAAGAAUAUGGGUAUUUGUGUACAUGUGAGUGAUGAUCAAUCCAGACUUGGAGUAAUGUGCCUCUCUGAACCAAUCUUAGCAAAUGCAGUAACAGAAAUUCUUUUAAAAGAUUCAUUUCUAGAAAACACACUUGAUAUAUUGGAUAAUGCAAUGAAAAAGGGAAUGUUUGAUGGGAGUGUGUGUGGUGAACUUGUUGCACGAUUUUUACUGACAUUGGCAAAGGAUGUGUUCUUGAAUUCUGAUAUGGAAGCUGCAAAGAUUACUACUACAAGCCCUUAUUGUUGUCCAGUAACAGUUCAUGACUAUUUUAUUUCAAUGAUAGGGGAAACAAAUUGGAAUAGGAUAUUUGGUAAAGAAUCAACAAAGCCUAUGCCACCUGAGAUUGCUAAUGGAUGGAUUUCAAUGACUCAUUUCAUGUCAGUUGAGUCUGAAUUUAAAACACCAAAUGAAUUGUUGAAAUUUUGGUAUCGUUGUGCAGCAAUCAUUCCAAGAUGUAUUCAACCAAAUGUUGACUUGGUGAUCCCAAUUUUACCAACAUCAUUCUGGAAAAAUGGCAAGAUGUCAUAUAUUUUAAUACAGGUAAAAAAUUAUCAAAGUGAUACUAGGGACAAAUUUUGGCCUGCUUCAGCCACAAGUAAGCUUAAAGAUUGGCUAUUUUUCAAAAAUCACAAUGAAAGCAGUCUCUUGAACUAUCCUCCUUAUAUAACAUUGUUUAUGGAUCUUGGUAAGCCAAAUGCAAACAUUUUCCAACCUUGUUAUGGCAAAUCCACUUGUUCACAAAGCAAUACUGUGCCACACCGCCAAUAUUAUGCUGUAAUUGAUGGGCUUGAUGUGAAAGUUUAUCCCUUCUUACAUAUACUAGGUAACAAGGUAAUUGACUCCCUGCAAAGUUUACGAAAAUCUCACAUGCCAUUAUUGGAACAAAUUGAUAUAACAUUACAUCCUGCAAAGGAAUAUAAUAUAGCUUAUGUGAAGAGACUUUUAAUCUCAACAGGAAUUUUAUUGAAUGAAUAA